AUGGGCCCCCUGGCGUUCUUUACACGGGCGCUGGUCGCUUUUGAGGACAUCAUCGUUCGACAGAUUCUCAAGAGCCCCGGCUUCCAUCGCGGAGUUGGUCGCAUUCACAAGAUGGUACACGAGCGAAAGUACGGCCGUAAUCCCCAUGAACCGCUGUACCCCGGAGAGGCUACUGAGGAUCAUAGCGUCAAGUCGAAUACGGGCAAGUUCCGACAAUACUUUGUGGAAGAGAUCAAGGACCAAUGGAAGGGGACAGUCAAGGACUAUCCGCCAAAGCGAUGA